AUGGAGGAGUUGAAGAACCUGAAGCAAGAGGUCGAGGACAAGUGGAUUUUGGAGUGGACAUUCCACAAUCCUUGCAAUUGGAUAAGAAGACUGAUCAGGAAUCCCUUGAUCCUCAUUAGAAAGAAAUGGAAGAUAAAUCAUUAUGUGAUGCAAGUCCUUACCGGACACGGUAUCUUCAACCACUACCGACACAGGGUCGGUAAGAAGAGGUAUACCAGUUGCUGGGAUUGUGGGGACGACCUGGAUGAUGCCGAGCACGUGUUAUUUAAGUGCUCCAGAUGGGUGGUGGAGAGGACUGCGCUUGAAUCCGAGGUGGGGGUUGAAUUCAAACUGGAUAACAUUUUCGUAAGGAUGGCAGCUGAGGAUCGACUAUGGCGGAGUUUUACCAUAUUCAAUAUCAGAAUGAUGAAGUUACGCCAGCUUAAGGAGAGGAACAUGGAGGUGCUGAGUAGCCGAAUAAGAAGGGGAAGAACUACGUGA